AUGCCCCCCAGCCCCGGCCCGACUCAGCCAAGCCGAGGGAAGCACUACGGACCAGUCCAGAACCCAAGGCGCAGGGCUCGUUGCCUGUGCUCGAGGGAGAUCAGACCGCUCCGGAAGCGGCUCCCCAGGCGAAAGGGGCUGAAGAGGUCCUCGGGGAUGACUCCCAGCAACACCCACUCAGUGGGCGCCGCUGGACAAAGAGGCACCCCCGUCCACUCACUCCGACAACCGGCACAUCCAGCUGAAGCUGGGCCCGACGUGGACAUGAGGACCCUGCCUGUCGAUGAUCGGAAUAGCAGCCAGUCACACCGCGAGCCACUCCCGGAUACCAAGGCCGGGAUUCCUUUUGACCGCCUCAUUGACAUGAUGAUCGCCCUCUCAGAGAAGGUUCAGAAAUGUCUAACCACUCGAGGAGGUGCGUCGUUCUGUUUCUGCUGGCGAGAGGAGGUCGCUAAGCCAGCCACGGAGAAUCUGGGGAGCCAUUCCCGACAUUCCACGGCUAGCGAGGCAGCCUCGGCCGCGGCAAAGUCCCAUCCCUCCCUCCCACAAAGGGGUGGACUCGGCUGUGCCUAUCAACAGCUGCGCUCUCGAACGACUCCCUCACUGGAAGCAGGUGCGGGAGCUGCUGACCUUAUGGAGGCGCGGGGACUGGACCAAGUUACACCUGCGCGCCCUGGCGGCUAUCAACAAAAGAAUAGCAGGGUUCGAGAGAACAAGGCCCGAGUGGACGACCGGUACGGCAGUGCGGAUACACUGGCGCGAACACGUCGCUGCAUCAAGUUCGGGGAGCUGGCUGAACUCUCACGAGCAGCAGAGGCGCUGAUUGCGGCAGACCUUGCCCCAACCACGGACGAGACUCGUAAGAGUCUGGAGGAGAAGCACCCCGCCCCACGGUCCCCUUCACAGCAGAGGACGGCAGCUGCACCCUUCCUCACCCGGAGAAACCCACGAAGCAGCAGCAAGAGGGGAUGUGGGGCAGGGGGUGGCGCAGUGGUGGACCUCGAGUUCGCUAGUGGCUUUGGAGAAACCAGGUGGCGGUUGUCCGCCCGAUCGCAGUGGGGGAAGUCUCUCCCUCGCUCCUGGCCCGAUGGGAGGAAGAGCAUUCUCGGAGUCGAGGACAGCGAGGCGCCUUUCCCGCCCAUCUUUGAGGAGGCUGAGUCGGCGCUGAAAAGGCUUCCAGAAAAAGUCCGCACGAAGCUGCCUACGUGGAAGACAGUCGGGGAGAGAGGGCUUGAACGCGGAACUUUCACGGUUUUGGCACGGGAGCUGCAGAUUGAGGCUUUGAACGGGAUCCGGAAGUCCCUUAACCGGCCCCGCCACAAGGCCCGAUUGACCAGUUUGCAGCUGCAGAACGCGGGCGCGUGGGUCUCGGCUCUACCGUCUCGACCGGACCUCCAGCUCGAAAGCGACGACUGGGCGAUUGCGGCGAACCUUCGGUUGGGUCGGGACAUCCCACACCUCAUUCAGGCGGGGACUUGCUCGUGCGGGAAGGACUUAUCCACUUGUAACGCGGCGGGGCAUGCUCUCAGGUGCUCCACCAAGUACGCGCCGUCUAUCCCCCACAAUGCCAUCCGGGACCAUGUGGCGAUGGUCUGCAGGGAGGCGGGCAUGCAGACGACGAUGGAGGAUAAGGCUUUUUUCGGUGGGAAGCCGAUCCCGGAUGUCGUGAGUCUCCACACGGACAGCGGGAAGACCUGGGUGAUGGAUGUGGUCAUCGCGGAUCCGCACGAUAACAAUGCCAACUGCCCGGAGACCAAGCCAGGAGCGGCCCUCAAUGAAGCCGUUCGUCGGAAGAAGGUGACCUACAAGGAGGCGGUGACGAAAGGAGGGAAGCGGAUGGAGAAGACCACCAAGUGA